AUGUACUUUCUGCCAGAAAUCCAUGACUUAUUUAAAGAUUAUGAAAUCAAGUAUUGUUAUGUGGACAGAAAUAAAAGAACAGCGUUCGUUACUCUGUUAAAUGGAGAGCAGGCUCAAAACGCGAUUCGGAAAUUUCACCAGUAUUCUCUUCGGGGAAGAGAAAUAUCCGUGCAACUCCAACCAACAGAUGCUUUGCUGUGCAUUACUAAUCUGCCGAUUUCAUUUACAUUAGAAGAGUUUGAAGAACUUGUGCGUGCAUAUGGCAACGUCGAGAGGUGUUUUUUGGUCUAUAACGAAGUUACGGGCCAUUCAAAGGGCUAUGGCUUUGUGGAAUAUAUGAAGAAGGACUCCGCUGCGAAGGCAAGACUGGAGCUUCUGGGGAAACAGUUAGAUGAGAGCACUCUCUUUGCACAGUGGAUGGAUGUGAACCAGCUGACAGUAAAUCUUAUUCACUCCAAGUGCCUUCGUGUAGAUAAAUUGCAAAAAGACGACGCUGAUUCGAAAGAGCUGAUCCAAGCUUUCUCACUGAAGUAUAAACCUGUUUUCUGCCAGUUUGCUCAGGAUGAAGACAGCUGUAUCGGUGACUUUGCGGUGGUUGAGUACGAGACUGCAGAGCAGGCUGAGGAAGUGCAAGAGGUCACCGAUGGCAUGACUGUCAAAGGGAAGAGAGUCCAGGUGUCCUACUGUGCUCCGGGAGCGCCAGGCAGAAGCACGUUAGCAGCACUUAUAGCAGCGCAAAGGAUGAUGAGGAACAAUAGGAAAGGCUUGCUUCCAGAGCCAAAUCCAGUGCAGAUUAUGAAAAGUUUUAAUAAUCCAGCAAUGUUGCAAAUGCUGCUGCAGCCGCAGUUGCGUGGACAUGCUGUUAAACCUGUUCUUGGAGCAUCUGCAGGUUUACCUCACCUUGUAAAUUCAGCAGUUGGCCCGUCUUUUUUACAGCUGAACAAAAUUCAUCAGAGUUCCCUUCUGGGGAGCGCAUCUAACUUGGUGCUGCAGAGCCCUGCUCACCUACCGUUGCCACAGCAGCAGCUGAUGAAGAUUGAAAACAUCCAGGCUAACAGUAAACCGGGUUUGCUGGGAGAACCUCCAACAAUGCUACUUCAGACAGUACUGGGAAUAGGGGUAAUGCCAUCAGUGAGUUCAGGCAUGGGAACCCGCGGAGAAGCUCUUAAGUCAUCUAAUCUGACUCCAAUUCAAACAGCAGCAGCAGCAGCAGCAGGGGUGGGCAUGCUGCCAUUCUUUCCGCAUCAGCACAUUGUUGGACAAACUAUACCAGGGCAAAAUAACGCUCCAGAUAAACAAUCGACUACCGAAGCGGUUGUCUCGGGAUCACAGCCUUAUCAUCAGACCUUAACGAAUCUUCCCGCGGGAGCUUUGCGGGCUGGACAUGCCAAACAACAAAAUCAGCUAAAAAGUGCUGAUACAAGUGUAGGGACUCCCUUGAAAAAACAGACUUCGCUGCUAGGAGAACCACCGAAAGAAAUACGCCUUAGUACUAACCCCUACCUGAAUUUGGCAAGCGUGUUGCCUGGUUUAUGUCUUCCAGCAAUUGCCAGCAAAGCCUCUAGUCCAGCGCAGCAGGCCGGACUUUCGAACAACGUCGUGGAUGCUGCUGUGUCUCAGGGAACUGCAUCACAACCUGCGAUGGAAAAUUAUUUUAAUUACUCUCAGCAGCCCGGGGAAUACCCACAGGCGGCUCCAGCGAGAAGCGAGAAGCGAGGCUCGUCGUACCUCGUUCCCUCCCCGGAGCCCGGCCCCGUGGAGUACGUUGGCCAGCAGACUCAGGGCUCCGCCGUGCGUUACGCAGAAUCCUCGCUGAAAAAAAAGCGCGUUUAUUGA